GGACGCCAUGGAAGCUGCCCUGGCCUUGGAGAGGAACCUGAACCAGGCCCUUUUGGAGCUGCAUGCCCUGGGUUCUGCCCACACAGACCCUCAUCUCUGUGACUUCCUGGAGAAGCACUUCCUGGAUGAGGAGGUGAAACUCAUCAAGAAGAUGGGCAACCAGCCAACUAACAGGCCCCAGGCUGGGCUGGGUGAGUAUCUCUUCAAAGGGUUCACCGUCAAGCACGACUUGGAGCCUUUGGAGCCCAGAGGCCUUUGAGGGGCCCCUCUGCAUUCCCCUGGUGUCUGGCUUUUACCUGAGCCUCUUUCCGAAACUACUAGCCAUUCUUUUAACCACCCUGAAGCCCUCUCCCAUGC